AACAAACCUGAAUUUCAGAUUAAAUAAAACAGCCCUAGAAUUGAAUGCAAUUAAUUUAAUUGAAUUUCGCUCCCAAAACCUUCAAUUUCUCAUUCAAUUUUCUUUUUAAUCUUUUCUUCCCCAUCCAAUUCCUCAAAUCCCUUCCAAAAUCCGAAUCUUCCUUUGCCAUCGAAAUGGGUUCUGGCCAGAGCCGCGAGGAUGUUGAGCUUUCAGACUCCGAUGAUUACAAGGAAGAAGAAGAAGACGACGACGACGACGACGACGAAGAAGAAUAUCAAGAUGCUGAUAAAGAAUUGAAGCCACACUCGGUCUCUACCACCGCCAAAUCCACUGGUACCUCAUCUGCAAUUGAUGAUGUUGACGCUAAACUCAAAGCUCUUAAGCUCAAGUAUGGCUCCUCUUCCUCUUCCCCUUCCCCUUCCCCUUCUAAGACACCUAAUUCUAAGAACGCUGUCAAACUUUACCUUCAUAUCGGUGGAAAUACCCCCCGUGCGAAAUGGAUCGUCUCUGAGAAACUCUCUUUCUACGCUUUUCUCAAGACCGCGAACGUCGACGGACAUAAUGACGAUGACGAGGAGGAAGAUGACGAUCAGGGUUAUAAUGCCAAUUCCUCAGGUGGGAGACGUUGGGUACUCAAAGUGGGGGCGAAGGUCAGAGCGUUGGUUUCCACGGAAAUGCAAUUGAAAAUGUUUGGCGAUCAGCGGCGCGUCGAUUUUGUUAAUAAAGGUGUCUGGGCUUUGAAGUUCCCGAGCGGUGAACAGUAUCGGAACUUCGUGACCGAAUUCCAAGAUUGCUUGUUUGAGAAUGUUUAUGGGCUUCAAGCGACUGAUGAAAACAAGGUCAAGAUUUACGGGAAGGAGUUCAUUGGGUGGUUGAAGCCGGAGGUGGCUGACGAUUCGAUUUGGGAAAACGCGGAUAUUGAGUUUGAAAAAAGCCCCAGCUCGUCAGUGAGGACGAAACAAGACUUGAUAGAGGAGUUCGAGGAGGCUGCUAAUGGAGGAGUGCAGAGCUUGACAUUAGGGGCGUUGGAUAACAGCUUCUUGGUGAACGACUCUGGGGUUCAGGUUUACAGGAAUCUAAGCCAUGGAAUUCAUGGGAAGGGGGUCUCACUGAAAUUUGGUGCAGGACAUUCUCCAAACGUUUGGCGAUCAACGCCAAAGAAGGGCCUUCUCAUGAAGGCUGAGACAAAUAUGCUUCUCAUGAGUCCAUUGAAGGAGGGAAAGCCCCACACGACAGGUCUAGAGCAGCUUGAUAUCGAGACAGGGAAAAUAGUAACAGAAUGGAAGUUUGAAAAGGAUGGUACAGACAUUACAAUGAGGGACAUCACAAACGACACCAAAGGGUCGCAAUUAGAUCCUUCAGAGUCUACAUUUUUGGGGUUGGAUGACAACAGGCUUUGUCAAUGGGACAUGAGAGACCGUAGAGGAAUGGUUCAGAACAUUAGUGGGUCUGCUGAUAAUUCGACGGUUCUAAACUGGGCGCAGGGGCAUCAGUUUUCAAGAGGGACGAACUUCCAAUGCUUCGCUACAACAGGGGAUGGUUCUAUUGUUGUUGGAUCGGUUGAUGGGAAGAUAAGGCUGUAUUCGAAGACGUCGAUGAGACAGGCAAAGACAGCCUUUCCGGGGCUUGGUUCGCCGAUUACUCAUGUGGAUGUUACUUAUGAUGGGAAGUGGAUUUUGGGGACGACAGAUAGUUAUUUAAUACUCAUCUGUACUUUAUUCACUGAUAAAGAUGGCAACACGAAGACUGGGUUCAGUGGUCGUAUGGGGAACAGAAUUCCAGCUCCGAGGUUGCUGAAGUUGACUCCUCUGGAUUCCCACUUGGCUGGAACAGACAAUACAUUCCACGGUGGCCAUUUCUCUUGGGUAACCGAGAGCGGUAAACAAGAACGUCACCUCGUUGCAACAGUGGGAAAAUUCAGUGUGAUAUGGGACUUCCAUCGCGUAAAGAACAGUUCACAUGACUGCUACCGGAAUCAGCAAGGACUCAAGAGCUGUUACUGCUACAAGAUUGUGCUGAAGGAUGAGUCCAUUGUUGAGAGCCGAUUCAUGCACGACAAGUUUGCUGUCUCCGAUUCUCCAGAAGCUCCACUGGUUGUGGCUACCCCCAUGAAAGUCAGCUCCAUCAGCCUCUCUGGAAAGAGAUGAGAAGCUAUCGCUGUCGUCGAUGGUGUGCCUUCUCAUAUAUGUCGGUUGAUGUGUGUUCGUAGCUGUACUGGUGCUGCUUUCUUUGUUUAUCCACUUCAUAUGUAUUUAUGAUUGUCUUUUCAUUUCCACUUUUCUUCUGUUUCUGGUCAUAUUUUGGUUGUAUGUGCCUUUUCAAAUUGGUUUAUUCGUUACCACACUGAACGAUUUGUGUGUGUUUGAGUGGUUUGUAUAAAUAGAAAAACGAUGCAAAAGUAGAACUGAAUUUAGGAUAUUUGUUUCUUGUA